UUGGUUAUUCGACUUCAAAUUAAACAUGAUUUGCAAGGAAGUAUUUAUUACUAGCUUUCUAAUAGCGGCAUGUACGGCCACAAAUCCAUUAAACUAUGCUGCCUACCAACAACAUCCAACAGCAGUAGUCACCCAAGUAGUUCAGCCAAAUCCAAUUAUUCAACGGACAGCGGCAGUAGUUCAACCGGCAACGAUAGCGUCGGUGAAUGUACCAGUGGUACAAACUCGCGUGGAGCCAUACGAUCCAAAUCCUCAGUAUAGUUAUGCUUAUUCGGUAAAUGAUCAAAGUACAGGUGACUCGAAAAGCCAGCAUGAAACACGAAGCGGUGAUGUAGUUAGAGGCCAAUACAGUUUAACAGAUCCAGAUGGUACAAGAAGAACAGUAGAUUAUGCUUCAGAUCCAUUUAAUGGUUUCAAUGCUGUCGUACAAAGAACCAUAGCCGUCCGACCACAUUAAGUCUGCAAAUGAUUACAGCACUUAUAGAAAUAAAAAUGAUCUGGUUUUUAUAGCUUCUUAUGAAAU